UGUUUGACUGACAAAAGGUGACUGCUACCACCACAUACGCUGAAUUCAAACAAGUUGGCCCGUUCCGCAUUACAACAUAUUAACCGGCCGUUGUGAAAAAACACAAAUAAAGAACAUACAUAUUUUGUACUAAGUAUGUUGCGAUUGCCCACACAAAUGUUUAAGCAUGCCUUGAUCUUGCAAAGGCUACCACCGCCAUGCAAUGGAAACACCACAGUUAAACUGGUCCUGCGUAAAAUGAAUUCACAGCGACCGGCUGAUUGGCCAAUAGGAGUAGCCACAAAUGCGAAGGAUAAGGAGAAAAUAACCGCACUAGGUUGGUUCCUGCUGCUUAUACCCGCGACCACGUUUGGUCUAGGCUGCUGGCAAGUGAAACGCAAGAUCUGGAAAGAGCAACUCAUAAAGGACCUGAACGAGCAGUUACGCAUGCCGCCCGUUGAGCUUCCCGAUAAUCUGCGAGAUCUGGACAAGAUGGAAUACCGUCUGGUGAAAGUACGCGGCCAUUUCCUACACGACAAGGAAAUGCGUAUAGGCCCACGAUCGCUGAUAAGACCCGAUGGCGUUGAAACACAAGGGGGCUUAUUUUCACAACGUGACUCGGGGAAUGGGUAUCUAAUUAUCACACCUUUUCAACUGGCUAACAGAGACGAUAUUAUACUCAUAAAUCGUGGUUGGGUCUCCCGCAAGCAUGUGAACCCUGAAACACGUGCCCUGGGUCAGAAUCAAACUGAAGUGGAAGUCACAGCUGUGGUCCGUAAGGGCGAGAGUCGUCCACAGUUCACGCCUGAUCACAAAGGAGGCGACAACUAUUUAUAUCGCGACCUGCCCCGCAUGUGUUCGUCUACAGGAGCUGCGCCAGUCUUCCUGGAUGCCGUCUACAAUGAACAAGUUGCUCCUCACAGCCCUGUGGGCGGCCAAACACGAGUUACCCUGAGAAACGAUCAUCUCUCGUAUUUAAUAACGUGGUUUAGUCUAUCGGCGGCAACUUCAUACCUCUGGUAUCGGCAAAUUGUCAAAAGAAUACCAUUUUAGGAGUGGAUCAGAUUUAAAUAUUUGUUGUUACAUUUAUUGUAUAAAAUGUUCAUGCAAAAAUACACUCAUUAGUCCUUGAAA